GUGCAACAACAAGAACUACGUUUGCUGCAUGCAACAAGCGGUAGACCUCGACAUUGUUCUUCUUACAUGUGAUGACUGCACAUGAUUUUGGCCGCUGAAAAGGUGCAACUACAAGAACCGUUUGCUGAGAGCAACAAGAGGUGCACUCCUCAAACUGGUUCAUGUGAAGACUUCUCAUGAUUACCGUCCACACACCUAGAAAAGGAAUUGACUAAGAAUCAUCAAGUGAUAGAAUCAUCCGAAGACGGAAAUGAGGCGCAUCGAUUUUUGCACGUCAGGAAACAAGAUUUAUUCUUCGGAGAGGGGAUGAGGAUGUUACAUGAGAGGAUGGCAUUGCUUGCGGAUAAUCCAAUGGGAGUGUGCAAGAGAGAAGAAUUUAAUCACGGGCAUGCAUUGAUGAACGGAAAUGGAGGCAGGUGGUUGAAGUGAUAAGCUACCGGCUUCAUGACGCAAUUGUACACCCCCCCCCCCGAUCCAAACUCAGUCUAAAUUAAAAGCGAAGCCGGUGUUAUCACACGCGUGCUACUAUGCAAAUUACAUCAUGAAUAUUCAUGUAAAAAUUGAAUUCGAUAUAGUGACGCGAGGGUUUCUCAUCAUGUGGAGACUGGAAUGAUAAGUGUUGGGUGUGAUGUGACAGACCUUGUACAUUGUGUCUCAUUUUGUCAUGGGUGUAUGGUGUUGUUUCCGAGCAGAACAUAGUCUUUGAUGAGAAACAGCAAAUCACUAGUAGUAGUAGACUUGAUACCGCCGCACAAUUCACCUAGAAGGAGUUAGUGAGAAGGGAUACAGACGUCGUUGUUCGCUGUUGACUUUUUGAUUUGAACACUUUCAAUUCUAGCCAGCGUGCACUUUUUGAUUGGCAAACAUGGUUUCAGGUAGAAUCAAUUCGGCCUGUACUCAAUUCUGGACCAGGACAAAGUCACUCGUCACGGACUGUAUCCCUAGGAGGGUUCGUGAUGACCUUGAGCCCAUCAUCCCCGAAGAGGAACGCCAGGCCGUGGCUGCACAGCUCAAGUCACGGCUACGACUCGCCCGUCUCAGCGGCGCGGUGUGCGGCAUCGAGUUCUGCUACGCCGCGGAGACCGCCUUCGUGAGCCCGGUGUUGCUGCGCAUCGGCAUCCCACCCAAAUUCAUGACCCUGAUUUGGUGUCUGAGCCCCAUAGUGGGACUGUUCCUCAUGCCCCUGCUCGGCUCAGCGAGUGACCGAUGUAAGUCCAGCCUGGGCAGGCGGCGGCCGUUCAUCAUACUCCUCGCUAUUGGGGCUGCGCUCGGUCUCCUGCUCGUCCCGUACGGAUGGCCUAUGGGAAAUGUAUGCGGCGUUACCGCAUAUCGCUCAAGUUUCCCUGUUACGAACAGUUUAAGUGAAGUUGAUCCAACAAGCAUGGUCGGUAACACAACAACGGAGGAGGGUAAAACCCUACAUGCAACAACGGGUAUACCGAUCCGUGAUAAACUGAUUGAAACUUUAGAGGAUUUACUUUCGCCAAACCACGCGUACAAUGUGUCUGAAAGUGCCAGCACCAGCAACCAGGAGCCGUAUAAUAGUGAUAAUUCCACGGAGUUUCCUUCUAUUUCAACGACGGAUGCAGUUUACCGUAGCUCGGUCACGCCGAGCGUCCGGGCCUGCGGCAUGGCGUUGACGAUCGUCGGCGUAAUGAUGCUCGAUUUCAACUGCGAUGCGGCCCAAUCUCCGGCCCGGGCAUACCUGAUUGAUGUGACUGACCCGGCUGACCACGCCAAGGGACUGGCCACCUUCAGCUUCAUGGCCGGGCUGGGUGGCGCCGUCGGCUACACAAUCGGCGGCAUCCCCUGGGGUCCGACUGCGGACGAUGACCCGGUCAGUCUACAGGUCAGAGUGGUGUUCGGAAUCGUCCUAUGCAUAUUCAUCACGGCUGUGAUUCUGACCGUCACAGCUGAACGGGAGAAGACACUCUAUGAACUCUACCCUUACGAGAAGAAGCGUAAACUCAAGAACCACAAGGAUGAGGACAAUAACACCACUAUGGAGGGUGAUUUCAACGAUCAUCCAAACAAUGAUUCAGUUAAGAUGGAGAUGGACGUAAUCAGUCAAAAGAUGAAGAGCUACGGAUCGCACGCACAGAAUCCAGAUAUUAUAACCACCCUCGUUGACAGCGACAAGGACGAGGACCCCCUGACCUCCGAGCCUCACCACGUUGGAAACGGCAGUGUUUCAACCGGCGAGUAUGAGGCUAUUGAGGCUGAUAGUACAGAGGCUAUAGGUGACCUCUGUGGCGAGCCUCCUGUAAUUACCAUGGGCACGUACCUCAUGUCUAUCAUCUUCAUGCCUCGGUGCCUCCGAGUCCUCUGCUUUACUCAUCUCUUGGGCUGGAUGUCGCUCCUGUGUUACUCCCUGUACUUCACGGACUUCGUUGGGCAGGCUAUAUACGGUGGUAGCCCACUUGCAGCCCCUGGUACCGUGGAGAGGCACCGCUAUGCUGAGGGGGUACGGAUGGGCUCUUGGGCCAUGGCUAUGUACUCGAUCACUUGCUCUAUUUGCUCAUAUAACGUUGAUAAGAUCAUCGCGAAAGUAGGUGCCAAGCCGGUGUACAUAGCCAACCAUCUAGUAUACUGCGUUAGUAUGGUGAUACUGGCCAACGUAAGGACACUGUGGGCAGCCUUCCUAUUCUCAGCCUGUGCUGGUAUCCAGUAUUCCACACUAUUCACCGUGCCCUUCGUCAUACUCGCACACUACCACUCCAGCAAUAUGUUUGAUUCACAAUCAACUUGCUACCAGCCUGGUUCCGAAGACGCCAAAACUGGCAAACCGCAUGUGAGAGGUCUGGGUACCGACAUCGCUCUCGUGCAAGGCAUGGUCUUCAUUGCACAGCUCGCCCUGUCGUCGUGUAUGGGUAGUCUGGUGCAAGCGUUCAACAGCAACGUUGUGAUAGUCGUCGCGGCGGCCAUUUUGAGUUUCCUCGGCGCAAUAUCGGCCUCACAAGUGACGUAUGCUGGCCUAUAGUAAAGUUGCAAAAGCUGUGCAAGGGUACAUUGAGCAGUUGUUUGUAAUACCACGGUGCAAGAUUGGUAGUUAAAACCAACGUUGUAGGCUACAAACUUAGUUUUGUUGUAAAAGCGUGCGGCCUCGGGCCAACUUCAUAAAAACAUGUAAGCAGCCGUUUUGUGCUUACAGAGCGUCCCUUAGCAGAAUAUUUAUUUCAUGAAGCUGUUGACCGUAAGCAAGGGGUCACUGCUCGCAAACCCGCGAUUAAUAACUUGUGCAAUACGUUUUUCUGCACGAAAAUUUGCUUUAUUUGUAUUUUAUUUUGUUUUAAUUCUUUGGACAAACAAUAAAACAAGCACAG